AUGCUGUUUCCUUUGGUAUUCUGUGCAGUUGUGCUAAUAGGGAGUAGUAAAGUUCAAGAUGAUGACUGGAUUGACCCCACGGAUAUGCUCAAUUACGAUGCAGCAUCAGGAACAAUGAGAAGACCUUACAAGGCAAACUAUCAUGACUCUGAGGAUAAGACUGUGGAUACAGUCAAUGCUGAAAUCUUAUCGAGUUGUUCCAGGGAAGUAGAUUCCUUGCAACAGAAGAUUGCAGAAUGUGAGAAGAGGAAUGCCAAAUCACAUGAAAGCCGUAGCUUUUAUAUUUUUAAGCGAUACUUGAAUAAGAUUUUAAAUGAAGCUAGAAAACUUGGCCUUCCUGAGGAAGAUGUGGGUGAUGUCCAUUACGAUGCUGAGAUCAUCCUUACAAAACAGACGUAUUCUGAGAUCCUCAGGUUUCUCAAUGAGGAAACUUGGCAAUCAGGCGCUGUGGAUGAUGCACUUAGUGAUAUUCUGAUCAAUUUUAAGCACCAUGAUUAUAAUGCUUGGCAUUGGAGAUUUGAAGACACUUUUGGAAUUGAUCUAUAUAAUAUGUUUCUGAUACUCUUGUGCUUAGUGUGCAUUGUAAUUGUAAUAGCUACAGAGCUCUGGACACAUAUCCAUUGGUUUGUUCAGCUAAAACGCAUUUUAUUAAUCAGUUUUCUCAUCAGUUUUGCAUGGAAUUGGCUUUACUUGUAUAAGCUGGCCUUUGCACAGCAUCAAGCAGAAAUUGCAAAAAUGGGGCAGUUUGAUAACAUCUGUGCUGAGAAGUUGGACUGGGGAGAAAGCCUUAUUGAGUGGCUGAGAAGUAAAUGGACGUUUCAGGACGAUCCCUGUCAGAAGUACUAUGAAACUCUACUAGUAAAUCCUGUUCUGCUGGUUCCACCAACAAAGGCAUUGGCAAUUACUUUCACCAACUUUGUAACUGAGCCUUUGAAGCACGUGGGACAAGGUAUUGGUGAAUUCAUCAAGGCCCUUAUGAAGGAGAUACCGUUCAUUCUGCAGGUUCCAGUGCUAAUUAUGAUGGCCCUGGCUGUCCUGGCUUUCUGCUAUGGGGCAGGAUCAUCGGUGUCUGUGUUAAGAUACCUAACAUCUUUUCAGAAGAAAAGUCUUCCUCCACCUCACAGUCAACAGGAGAAGAUAGACAUUGGGCAAUAUGAUGGGAGUAAAUCAGAUGGCUAUUAUCUGCAGAAGCUUCCUUACAUUUAUAGAGGACCUUACGACAGAGGAGAUGCUCCUAUGAGACCAGGAAAUGGCAGCACAAGUCCUGAUGCUGUGCACAGCAAUGAGCCAGACACGCAAGUAGAAGAGUCUCACAAACCAGAACCUGGUAAUAGAUUGCACACUGAGUCUGAAGUUUGUAGACUAGAAACUAUCACAGCUGAAAACCUUACUGAAGAACAUGCACUUAAGCAGCAGAAACAGGAGACAGACAAAGCAGAGCAAGAGACUGGAGAAAACUGUGACCCCAAUAAAAACCUAGAAGGGAAAAGUUCUGUGGUGGAACUGCGUGAAGAGAAGCCAGAGACCAACUCACGUGGCUCGCAGGAAGGAGACUAA